AUGCUUAUGGCAGUGAUAAGUCCUGGCCCAGAUACCUCGAAACAUGAGGACAAGAAUCUCGUACGGUCCAGAACAUUUCCCGGUACUGGUGAACUUGAUAUGCUUGUUGGAUUUUUCGUCAUGAACGGUGCUUGCAUUGCUGAAGGCGGAAUUUAUGGUUCUAGUCCAUUCGUGCUUGAACAGGAUGCCUGUUCACAUUCAUUACUGAAGUUACGGCCUAUUGAGUUCGAUUAUUUCACAAAUAACUUUUCGUUGCAGCUUUCUUUCUUCUCUUCGGCUCAUGUGUCAUAA